CCUCCCUCCCUAGCAUCAUCACUCUCAUUCAUUAGCUCAUUCAGGCAUUUCCGCAAACACUUUCUCAAAAGAAACGUUUCUUUUACACUAACAUGGCUAGACCGCAACAACGAUAUCGAGGUGUCCGACAAAGGCAUUGGGGUUCUUGGGUUUCUGAAAUUCGCCAUCCUCUUUUGAAAACUAGAAUUUGGCUGGGAACAUUUGAAACGGCAGAAGACGCGGCUCGUGCCUAUGAUGAAGCUGCAAGGCUUAUGUGUGGACCCAGGACUAGAACUAACUUCCCUUACGAUCCCAAUGCACCUCAGUCAUCAUCAUCCAAGCUGCUCUCAGCAACUUUGACAGCUAAACUACAUAAAUGCUACUUGGCUUCACUUCAAAUGACCAAACAACAAUCAGUGCAGGAGCCAAAAAGUGAGCCACCGACUCCACAUAUCAUCACCAACAAUGGCAUUGCAGAUAGAGGUAGUGAGACGGGAGUUCGCCUGCUGGAGAAGAGACCAUUGCCAGUUCAAGAGACAGAGGCCAAUUGGGUUGUCAAGAAAGCUCAAGUAGAAAGAACCCAGCCGUUCAAGUCUCUUGAAGAGGAUCACAUUGAACAAAUGAUUGAGGAACUGCUUGACUAUGGCUCCAUUGAAAUAUGCAAUGUCUAGGCCAAACCUUUCUUCUCUUUUCUCCCUUUCACCGGUCAAUGAAAAGUUGGGUUGAGGUUGAUAAACUGCGUUGCCAAAGCAAACAUUGGCCUUAAGGAGUUAAGGCUGGCUUGGUAUUUUACAUUUUCUUCCAUGCCAAUGGCAUUGAUUCGCUAAUUUAACCCAUUCUUCGCAACCUUGAACCUUCCCACAUAUUAUUUUCCAAGUGUUGUAGAUCUGUAGGUUCUAGUGUCUUACCUUGUGAUGGUGUACAUUAAGUUCUGUUAUGAUAUAUGUUACUAUGAUAUUAUCACCUGCUCUGUCUCUUACUAUUCAGUAAUGGAUUCGGAGGAUGAACCGUAGGAGUUUUCUCUUUUCAUUCUUCUCUCUUCUGCUAGCAAUGUUGCAAAGUCAUGUAUGAUAAAUUACUUUCAUUGCUUUAUUUUCACAAUUCAAAUGGUCGUAGCUAUGUAGCUAUCUGCCAAGAUUAGGCAAGUCAUGCUAGUGUUUUUCAGAGCAACAAUAAAACCGUCAUCUUUCGUUUA